AUGUCUUGGAUAUUUGGAAAAUCAUCAACAAACAACGACAAUAACACUACUACCACCACGAACGAUCAAUCAUCAAUUAAACAAACAUUAGGGUUUGAUCCUAAAGAAGUUGCCGAUGUCAACACCAUUAUAUCUACCCCUGGAGCUAUUUCUGCCAGUAGAUUACACCCUUUAGCUGGAUUAGAUAAAGGUAUUGAAUAUUUAGAUUUAGAAGAAGAACAAUUAAAUACUGUCGAAGGUUCUAAAGGUUUAAUUCCAAGUAGAUCAUGGACUGAUGAUUUAUGUUAUGGUACUGGUGCAGUAUAUUUAUUAGGUUUGGGAAUUGGGGGAUUAUAUGGUUUUCAACAAGGUAUAAAAACAUUACCGGAAUCAGCUCCUUCAAAAGUCAAAUUAAAUCAUAUUUUAAAUAAUAUUACUAAAAGAGGUCCAUUUUUAGGUAAUAGUGCUGGGGUAUUAGCUUUAACUUAUAAUUUAAUUGAUUCUACUAUUGAUGGUAUAAGAGAAAAACAUGAUGAUUUAAAUUCUGUCACUGCUGGAGCAUUAGCCGGUGCGUUAUUUAAAAGUAGUGCUGGUUUGAAACCAAUGGCUUAUUCUUCAGUAAUGAUGGCUGGUGCUGCUGGUAUUUGGUGUGGUUUAAAAAGAUUUUUACAAGAAUAA